AUGUUUGGUUCAUUGCUUCGUCCUAAGCCACGCCGUGGACAAACAGAACAGUCGCCAUUCUCCAUCUCUUCUCCGUGGAUCCGUGCCGCGCAAAACAACACGCGACGCGUUCACCGAGCCGAUGAUAGCAGCGAAGAUGAUGAGCUUCAAGGGAUCGACGAGGAAGAAAUGGACGAGGAUUGGGUAGGAGAGGAAGAAGAGGACGGGCCCCUCGAGUCUACACCUCUCUUGCCCAUGUUCUCUGCAUCGCAUUUGGAUGCGUUACCCGUUUACAAUAUCGCCCAUGCCAUUCGUCCUUUGAUCGCCUCUCGUUGUGAAACCACCUUGACAUGGGACCAGUUACGCUCGCCGCAGGUCUCCCAGUUCCUGAUCAAGCCGAUUCUACAAAAGCUCAUGUCGGCACACUUUUCGCGCGCGACCCUCUAUGCAUUGAUGGCCAAUUGUCUGCAAUUCGAAAAGGAGAUGCACCUGAGUCCCGGGAAUAGCGGUGCAAAUCAAACGCGAGCAAUGGUUAGCGAAUUGUUGGCAAUCAAGUUGCUAAGGGAAUACUCCACUCGCGAACUGAUCGAUGCACUGUCCUAUGAAUUCCACCCACUUCAAGGCCAGGAUCAGUCCACCGCAUUGGCAACGGGCCCACAACGGAAACGAGUUGUUGCUGCACGGGUGUCGUGCUUGGAGGUUGCGAUUCGCGCGCAGGCAAAACGGUUCUUGGCCCACCCUGUCGUCGUACAACAAUUGGAAGCUAUCUGGGCCGGGACGGUUGUUUUCCACUCUACUGCCGACAAUCUCCAUCGUCGUGCGACCCCAAAUCAGCCUGGAAACCCAGAUUAUGGAACUUCAACGAAUAGAAACGGGAACUUUACCACCGAACCACCUAGUAAUAGCACUCUUCGACGCUCGGUGACUCUCUACAACCCUCGCGAUGCGUCACUAUUCAAGCUUUCGCGAUUGAGGGUGCCUCGCUAUCGUCAAUUUUUGUCUACGCUGUCUUAUGCCGUGCUCUUAGGGCUGUUUUUAGCGGUACUGAAUCAACGGAGCCGGAGGAUCACAUCUCUCGAGGUUGUGUUCUGGUUUUGGAGUGCCGGGUUCAUGCUCGAUGAAUUGGUGGGGUUCAAUGAACAGGGUUUCAGUCUUUAUCUGAUGAGCUUUUGGAACUUGUUCGACCUUGGGAUCCUACUUUUGCUCUUCGCAUAUUACUGCUUGAGGAUCUACGGUACAUUCUUAACCUACCCUAGAAGUCAAUUCAUUUCCGAUAAAGCUUUCGAUGUUCUUGCAGCUACAGCUCCAUUGUUAUUUCCGAGAUUGUUCUCCAUCUUGGAUCACUACCGUUAUUUCUCCCAGCUGCUCAUUGCAUUCAGAAUCAUGGCAUCUGAUUUGAUUGCCGUCUUCGUGCUCAUUGUUAUCUCCUGCUCUGGCUUUUUUGUUGCUUUCCUGAAUUUUGGAGACAACAAAUCACCCAAACAAGUUGCGUAUGCAUUGUUUCAAAUGCUCAUGGGAUUUACGCCAACCGCAUGGUCGAUGUGGGAUGAAUACAACUUCCUGGGAAAGACGAUAUUAACCCUCUUCCUGUUUAUCUGUCAUUUCGUUGUCGUCACUAUCCUGAUUACGGUGUUGACCAACUCUUUUAUGAGAAUCGUCCAGAAUGCGAAUCAAGAACAUCAAUUCUUGUUUGCCGUCAAUACCAUCUCCAUGGUCAAGUCCGAUGCAUUGUUCUCUUAUGUGGCGCCAGCUAACGUUAUCGCCUGGCUUGUGGCACCAUUUCGAUACAUGAUGCCCUUCCGUGAAUUCAUUCGACUCAACCGAACCAUCAUCAAAAUCACCCACCUCCCCGUGCUGUUCACAAUUUGUCUCUAUGAGAAGACCAUUCUCAGUGCUCGAGUUGUGCAGCCAAUGGAUCUGAUCGAAUCAAGCUCCCCAACUGAAGUUCUUACUCGGUCCAAGCAUUGGCCGCCCGGUCGCUUCCGCGGUUUCAGUACCAGGGCGUCACGCCUUGUACGCGAGCCGUCUGUGGCAACUUACCAGAAAGAUCAAGCCUUGGAAGAAGUAUUCCGACGACCGUUCAAUGAUCGUAAUCAAGGGCCAUCCAGCACUGUGCAGGAACACCAGACCAAUAAUGUAAUCAAGGACUGGAUGCAGGAAAUUGGGUCCGGUCCGGCCAAUGGCCCAGACGAGGAGGAUUCCGUUGAUCAUCUUGAGAUGCGCGCCCAACGGCCAAAGUUCCCAUUCAAAACUAGAUUAGGACCUCGUCCCCGCAAUUUCACAGAAACGACCCGGUCAGUCGCGUCAAACCCUGAGGAUCGCACCAGUCGUGUCGCAAGUCCAGUCAUUCGGCCUCGGCACACAAGACCUUCUGUGUCGCCCACCCAGAGACGACAAAUGUCUCAUCAUACAGACAUGGAGGGUGAUGAUGAGCUAACGAGCAAUGAUGGCGAUUCGGGUGAUGAUAAGAACUCUGCUCAAGGGUCCAUAAGCGAUACAGCCGACCCUGCAGAAGGCUCAGAGAAGCGCUCCCCCAGAUUCUACAGCUCCCGUCCGUCUACUGCGAGAGUUAUCUCGCGUCGCAACAGCCCGACCCGUCGCCCCAGGCAUAAUCGAAAUGCUUCUGGUGUUACCAUGCUGUACAACCCUGUUGGGUCACUGAAUGAGAGAGCGGAAGGUCGAGCCACACCCAUCCGAGCAGACACCAACUCAUCCGAUGGAGACAUGCCCGUCGUCUCCACAUCAGUAGAUCAGGGCACUAUGAAGCGUCACGUUCUUGACGCAUCCCGUGCGCGAAAUGUCCAGCGCCUGAACCAAAUGUCCGUUCCUGAAGGAGACAGCAUCUACCUGUCCGACCGACCAACAGGGACACGGCCUCGGCCCUCCCUCCUCUUCGAUCUAGGCUCCGACCUAGGCGAUAACAAAGCCGUGGCAGGCGGUUUCGCGGGCGCCAUUCCAUCCAGCUUCCAAACGCAAAUCGGGUUCGCUGCAGCAGCAGCCCUUCGUCGCGACGCUCCAAACCAAACCCAAGACAUGCUCAGCAAACUGGUUCUAGCACGCAUGAACAAUAUCGAAGAAGGUUUCCGCGAGGUCAUCAAAGAGGUCAAAGAUCUCCGCCGCAGCGAGUCAAGUCGAAGCCCGACCCGACCAGACGAGCUACAGUCCGGUACGCGUGAGAAGAAAAAGCGCGAUAAGACCGCCAAGAAACGAAGUCUCAACUCACCUAGCAGUCCAUCGAAAGGAGAUGGUCCCGGUGCAGAAACGUUACCGUCUGUCUAA